UUGUGAAAUGCGGACCAUCCAGAGAGGCAGACACAAUAUAAGAAUCGCGAAAUCAAAAUCUUACCAGAAUUCUCGUUCUUCACCUGGUGCUGUAUUUUUUACCCAAAGCGAGCCAUUUUCGUCCCCCCUCUCUCUCUCUCUCUCUGACUUGGAUCGGGAACCUUCAAAACGAUCCUCCACGCAAGUGGAUCACCUUCCUUUCUAUUUUUUUUAUUGUUAUUUUAUUUUUUUGAUCAAACGAAGAUUUAAAUCGAAGAGCCUUCUCUUUUGUGAUUAAGAUCAACUAAAUGGCAUCGGAGCAGUUAAUGUCCGGUAAUGGGCCUCGGUACUUCCAAAUGCAAUUAGAGCCGUCGGCGUCCGUAUCGUCGUCGUUCCUCUUACACCGUCAAGACCCCGCCGAUUUGGCUCGGAUUUUCGAUGAGCUGCCGGAGGCCACCAUUGUCUCGGUCUCUCGCCCCGACGCCAGCGAUAUCAGCCCCAUGCUCCUCUCCUACACCAUCGAGUUCCAAUACAAACAGUUCAAGUGGCGCUUAGUGAAGAAAGCUUCUCAUGUAUUCUAUUUGCACUUCAAUUUGAAGAAACGUGUAUUUAUUGAGGAAAUUCACGAGAAGCAGGAGCAGGUUAAAGAAUGGCUUCAAAAUCUAGGAAUAGGAGACCACCCAGCUAUGGUGCAAGGCGAUGAUGAACAUGAUGAUGAGGCAGUCCCCUUGCAUCAAGAUGGAAGUGCUAAAAACAGAGAUGUUCCAUCUAGUGCUGCACUGCCAAUUAUUCGGCCAGCCCUGGGAAGGCAACAUUCCAUCUCAGAUAGAGCAAAGGUUGCAAUGCAAGGGUAUUUGAAUCACUUUCUUGGGAACCUCGAUAUUGUUAACUCCCGAGAGGUUUGCAAGUUUUUGGAGGUUUCGAAGUUAUCAUUCUCACCGGAAUAUGGUCCUAAGCUGAAGGAAGAUUAUGUUAUGGUGAAACAUCUACCAAAAAUUCCAAAGGACGAUGAUGAUUCAAGGAAAUGUUGUGCAUGUCAGUGUUUCGAUUGUUGUAAUGACAAUUGGCAAAAGGUUUGGGCUGUAUUGAAACCUGGAUUCUUGGCGUUGCUGGAGGAUCCUUUUCAUACACAACCUCUAGAUAUAAUUGUUUUUGAUGUACUACCUCCUUCAGAUGGGAAUGGAGAGGGUCGAGUAUCACUAGCAAAAGAAAUGAAGGAACGGAAUCCUUUACGCCACGCUUUUAGGGUGACUUGUGGAAGCCGGAGCAUUAGGAUAAGAGCUAAGAGUAGUGCUAAAGUUAAAGACUGGGUUGCUGCAAUUAAUGAUGCUGGACUAAGGCCUCCUGAAGGCUGGUGUCAUCCUCACCGCUUUGGCUCUUUUGCUCCUCCAAGGGGUUUGAGUGAAGAUGGUAGUCAGGCUCAGUGGUUUGUAGAUGGUCGAGCUGCUUUUGAAGCUAUUGCUUCUUCUAUUGAGGACGCAAAAUCAGAGAUAUUUAUUUGUGGCUGGUGGCUGUGCCCAGAACUGUAUCUACGCCGUUCUUUUCAUGCUCAUGCUUCAUCCAGGCUUGAGGCUUUACUGGAAGCAAAAGCUAAGCAAGGGGUUCAGAUUUAUAUUCUACUCUACAAAGAGGUUGCGCUUGCUUUGAAAAUCAACAGCGUUCAUAGCAAGAGAAAGCUUCUUAGCAUUCAUGAAAAUGUGAGGGUACUGCGUUAUCCUGACCACUUCUCUUCUGGUGUUUACUUAUGGUCACACCAUGAAAAGCUUGUCAUUGUAGAUUAUCAGAUAUGCUUUAUUGGAGGACUUGAUUUAUGCUUUGGUCGUUAUGACACAUCUGAACACAAAGUGGGUGAUUUCCCGCCUUCAAUAUGGCCUGGGAAGGACUAUUAUAACCCAAGGGAAUCUGAACCAAAUUCAUGGGAAGAUACAAUGAAAGAUGAGUUAGAUCGUGAAAAAUAUCCUCGAAUGCCUUGGCAUGAUGUCCAUUGUGCUCUUUGGGGGCCUCCUUGUCGUGACAUAGCUAGGCACUUUGUUCAGCGCUGGAACUAUGCAAAGAGAAAUAAGGCUCCCUAUGAGCAAGCAAUCCCACUACUUAUGCCUCAGCAGCACAUGGUUAUUCCGCAUUACAUGGGGAGAAGCAGAGAGAUGCAGGUUGAGAGUAUGAACGUUCAGCAUUAUAAGGACUUUAGAGGGCAGGAUUCCUUUUCUGCAAGAUCAUCAUUACAAGAUAUCCCACUUCUCUUACCUCAAGAAGCUGAUGGGCCGGAUGCUCCUAGUGGAGAACCAAAAUUACAUGGCCUGGACUUCCCUACUGAUCACCUUGAUCAGCCGAGCAGGGUUAACAAUGGUCUUUCUUUCUCUUUCCGGAAGUCCAAAAUUGAACCAGUAGGUCCAGAUACACCACUGAAGGGCUUUGUAGAUGACUUUGAAUCCUUGGAUAAUCGUGGGAAACUGCUUUCAGAUAGGCUGGCACAGCCUGCCAUGAAAUGUUCAGAUCCAGAGUGGUGGGAAACUCAAGAACGGGGUUAUCAGGAUGGAUUUGCAGAUGAAUCUGGUCAAGUUGGUCCUCGUGCUUCAUGCUAUUGUCAGGUCAUUAGAAGUGUCAGUCAGUGGUCUGCUGGAACAAGCCAAACUGAAGAGAGCAUUCAUAGUGCUUAUUGCUCAGUUAUCGAGAAAGCAGAACAUUUUAUUUACAUUGAGAAUCAAUUUUUCAUAUCAGGUCUCUCGGGAGAUGAGAUAAUACAUAAUCGCGUGCUAGAAGCAUUAUACCGGCGUAUUAUGCGAGCAUACAAUGAUAAGAAGUGUUUUAGAGUCAUAAUCGUCAUACCACUACUACCGGGUUUCCAGGGGGGUGUGGAUGAUGGGGGUGCAGCAUCUGUGAGAGCCAUAAUGCAUUGGCAGUAUCGAACCAUUUGCAGAGGACAAAACUCGAUAUUGCAUAAUCUCUAUGAUCUUCUUGGUCCUAAAACACAUGAUUACAUUUCUUUCUAUGGCCUCAGAGCUUAUGGUAAACUCUUCGAUGGUGGUCCUGUGGCCUCCAGUCAGGUAUAUGUGCACAGUAAAAUUAUGAUUGCCGAUGAUUGUGUAGCAUUAAUUGGAUCGGCUAAUAUUAAUGAUAGGAGUUUGCUUGGGUCAAGAGAUUCCGAGAUUGGUGUACUUAUCGAGGACAAAGAACCGGUUGAUUCAUUUAUGGGAGGAAAACCAUGGAAAGCUGGAAAAUUUUCUCUCACUCUUCGUCUGACAUUGUGGUCUGAACACCUUGGUCUUCACUCAGGAGAGAUCGAUCAAAUAAUUGACCCUGUUGUUGAUUCAACUUACAAGGAUAUUUGGAUGGCAACUGCAAAGACAAAUACGGCCAUUUACCAAGAUGUAUUUUCUUGCAUACCUAAUGAUCUGAUACAUACAAGAGUUGCACUCAGACAAAGCGUGGCCUUCUGGAAGGAGAAAGUUGGCCAUUCUACCAUCGAUUUAGGAAUAGCACCUGAGAAGUUAGAAUCCUAUCAAAAUGGAGAUAUCAAGAAAAUAGAUCCCAUGGAUAGAUUAGAGGCGGUGAGGGGGCAUCUUGUUUCUUUCCCUCUUGAUUUCAUGUUAAAAGAAGAUUUGAGACCUGUGUUCAAUGAGAGCGAGUAUUAUGCAUCGGCUCAAGUUUUUCAUUAGGUAUAACUUGCAGAGCAUAGCGAAGGCCACACUGAUUUCUUCGAGGGGGAUUGUAUGUCUGUUAGUAUUUACUUAUUUAUUUUUAACUUUAUACAACAAAACCUCAGAGAGAGAGAGAGAGAGAGAGUAGGGCUACUUCACCUUGCAUGGUAGCCUCUUACAGAAUGUAUUUAUGAUUAAUUAUUGUUGUAUAGAAUUUAUAUAUAGCAAUGUUUCUUUUCUUUUAUAGAUAUCUCCUU